AUGAAUUCUGAAACAAGCUUUCUAAUUCCACCCAUCUUCAAUGGUGAGAAUUAUCAAGCUUGGACAAUUAGAAUGAUGGUUAAUCUUGAAGCACUGGAUCUAUGGGAAACAGUAGAAGAGGACUAUGAAGUAACUCCUCUUGGAGAUAAUCCAACAGUGAAUCCGAUGAGACUUCACAAAAUUAUGCAAAUGAAGUCCGCUGCAGAAAUUUGGGAGUAUCUUGAAAAGGAAUACCAAGGAAACGAAAGAGUUCAAAAUAUGCAAGUGAUGAAUCUGAUUCAGGAAUUUGAAAUGAAGAGAAUGAAAGAAUCAGAAACCAUAAAAGAUUAUGCAGAUCAACUACUUGACUUAGCCAACAAGGUGAGAUUAUUUGGUAGGGAUUUUACUGAUGAAAGAAUUGUUCAAAAAAUUCUUGUCACACUUCCUGAGAAAUAUGAAGCCAUAAUCUCUUCUUUAGAGAAUUCUAAGAAUCUGUCAAGCAUUACCUUGGCAAAACUUGUUAAUGCUUUGCGGGCAUUGGAACAAAGAAGAAUAAUGAAGAAAGCAGGUUCGGUUGAAGAUGUUUUUCAAGCUAAAUCAUAG